AAAAGUGUAAGAGUUUGUAUUGUUAAUACAAAUACAAUGUUUAAGGUGGAUCUGUUUCGUCUAAUCAUGGGUAAAGGCAAGAUCCAAACCUGCUCGUUGCCCAACGAGCGUAUCUGUGAAUUCUGGCAAAAUUUGACUGAAUAUUCUCCCUGUCGAUUUGAGAACUUUCCGUAUAUCUUUUGGCUUGUGCUUGGCAUUAGCCUUUUUGGCGCCUAUUGCAGUAUCUGGGAAUAUGCGCACAUCUAUUGGUUUCCCAACUGUAUUGUUCACAUGUCUCGACCUCGUCAUUUCAAUGUAUUGACAAUCGGGGCGUUACGAAAAGCGCGACUUGUUGGCGCCAUGACCAUGUGCUAUGUCUGGAUAAUGUUGCUCUAUGGCCUAAUCAGAGUAAUUCCUCGCUUAAUGAUGCCUUGGUUGUUCGUGAACGCCAUAAUAUUGAUCGUGGACUUUUCAAUUUGGUUUAUUGAUGUACUCACUGGUCAAUUGAAAUUCGAUAUGAAUGCGAUAUAUUCGAUGGGUCGUUUAUUCUGCAGCCAUGUGUUGAUCGGUUGUGUAAGGAGGGUCUAUGAUAAUGCCAUUAAGAAUAACCAGAUGGAAACAUUGGACCUAUAUAAGUGAACGCAAAAGAGACGACAAAUUUUGCUAAAUUAUAACUGGAGUCGGGGACCUAAUCGGGGGCAAGUGUGGCACCCUUUGUAUAGCAAUUAAAUCGAAUGGGUUAUCAUUAAAAAGUUGGAGGUACUACCUAAUUGUAU